AAAAAUACUGCGAUCUGUGAACUUCUUUGGGUAUCUACCAAAAAUUAUUCACUUGGAAUAAUCUCCUUGCUCACUAUAAGAAAGAAGGAUAUUUAUAUUUAAUUCUACGAUAUAUGACAGCAAAGAUAAGGGCAUUGCUUGACUUUGAUCCUCUCGUUUGUUUUCUUCUCGCGUUUGAUUGAAAACUCUCGUUGCUAUCAGACCCAAAACAAGAGAACCCUCUCAAGAACUGUAAACCCAGAAAAGGGAACGAAAAGAACAACAAUGAAACAAGCUUUUUCAGUACUUGUUAACAUCAACAAGAGGAAACUUUGGGUUUCACUUCCUUUUCAUGGUUUUGUUGUUGCGAUGGCAGUGCUUUUGCUUUGUUUUGUACCCGUUAACGUCUUGGCGGCUGCCAGGCGACAACCUCCGGUGCAGCAGCAGCUACCGCAGAAGCUGAUGUUUGGUCAGAACGGGGAGUUUAAGAUACUACAAGUGGCGGAUAUGCACUAUGCUGAUGGUAAAACAACGCCGUGUUUGGAUGUGUUGCCUAGUCAAGUUCAUGGUUGCUCUGACCUCAACACUAGCGCUUUUAUCCAGCGCAUGAUUGAAGCUGAGAAACCCAAUUUUAUCGUUUUCACUGGGGAUAACAUCUUUGGAUUUGAUGCCACGGAUUCAGCCAAAUCAUUGAAUGCAGCAUUUGCCCCUGCAAUUGCUGCAGGAAUUCCAUGGGCUGCUGUUUUGGGGAACCAUGACCAGGAAGGCACAUUAUCGAGGGAAGGGGUCAUGAAACACAUAGUUGGAUUGAAGCAUACUCUGUCUCAAUUCAAUCCUUCUGAAGCACAUAUUAUUGAUGGUUUUGGCAACUAUAACCUGGAGGUUGGUGGAGUUGAAGGGUCUGGUUUUGCAAACAAAUCAGUUCUCAAUCUCUACUUCCUUGACAGCGGAGAUUACUCCACAGUUCCAGCUAUCCCUGGCUAUGGUUGGAUUAAACCCUCUCAGCAGUUGUGGUUUCAACGCACUUCUGCAAAGCUUCAGAGAGCCCACAUGAGCCCACCAAUGGCUCAGAAAUCAUCUGCACCUGGGCUUGUCUAUUUUCACAUCCCGCUGCCUGAAUUUGCUAGUUUUGACUCAUCUAACUUCACUGGGGUGAAACAAGAAGGCAUUAGUUCUGCUUCUGUGAACUCAGGCUUCUUCACAACUAUGGUAGAAGCAGGGGAUGUGAAGGCUGUCUUUACAGGUCAUGAUCACCUCAAUGACUUCUGUGGUCAAUUGACAGGUAUACAACUGUGUUACGCUGGGGGUUUUGGAUACCAUGCCUAUGGGAAAGCUGGUUGGUCCAGGAGAGCAAGGGUGGUAGUAGCCUCUUUAGAGAAGACAGAGGAAGGAGGUUGGGGUGCUGUCAAGUCAAUCAAGACAUGGAAGCGCCUUGAUGGUCAACAUCUCACUGCCAUUGAUGGGCGGGUCCUCUGGAGCAAGAAUUCUGCUGGUAAAGUCAAGUAACUUUGGUCAGUGUUUUGCACAAUGGAUUGAUCUUGCCCUACAUAUAAAGGUACUCGUAGAAAGAAACAUAUUGUUGGCCGUGUUUGACUACAGCAAUGGACAACUGAUAAGCAUUAUUACGAUAUUACUAUAUAUAUAAAUAUUUUAAUCUCGAUCGGCUGGCAACUACAAGAAUUUGGCUUCUGAAAACGGUUCCAAACUUGAAGGCUUUUGCUGUCAAUGGUGCUAUGCUGGUUUCUAAUAAUCCUAUGAAAUGUAAUUUUAGACAUCUGUUUAACAUUGCUUUCGAAGUUUUUUUUUUUUUUUUUUUUUUUUUUUUUCUUUUUGUUAGAACUUAAUUGGUUUCAUCAAUAGCUGUUGAGAGAGGGAAAUCUUAUGUCAGAAUGGAAUAUCAACUGAAAUAAUUUUCUUUUUGAAGUAUAAUGUUAUUAAUAAAUGAGUAGUAGCAUAAA